CAUUUGCCGUUAUUAGACGUGAAUUUAGCACGACGCCGUCGGGUUUUGAUUCAUUAUCUCUACAGCGAGAGAUACGUCGUUGUCGUUGUCGUGUGUGUUGUCGCAGCCUCCGCAAUCUUAAUAAAUUUAUAGAAUCUAAAUAACCGCAGCAAUAAUAACAGCAGCAACAACAACAACAUUAACAAUAUCAAACAACAACAAGAGGAAAAGGAACAACAGCAAACAAAUUGAGACAUUGCCGAAGGCUAUUUGAUUAUUUGUAUUUGGAAAAUACUUUACUUUAGCUUGUCAGCAUACACAUAUUUGCGCAAUUUGUGUCUUGUGUCUGAGGUGAUCCGUUUAAUUGCGCAGCGCAUCGUGUCGCUCGUCGCGUCGCGUUGCUCGUCGCAGAGGGAAUGCGAAAGUGUGUCUCGAGUUCAGCGGCAGCCGUAGCCUGUCCACACUCCACAGCUCACACACAGAUGACGUCCCGUUGACAUGUGCCCCGUUGGCCAUACACGACGAGCGAAGAGUGCGAGUGCGAGUGUGAGGAAGUGUGCCAUAAAAAGUGCGUCGUUUACUUGGAAGGAAGAAGAAGAAGAAGAACAGCAGCAAAUGUGCAACGCAUCAAUGCAACAUUGUGACACACAACAUUACAUGAUAACAGGCUGAAAGAGAAUAAUCAAACAGCACACACACACAAGUUAAUUACUACAACGUUACAACAUUCCUUUGGCAAAUGGCUGACGACGAUUUGCGGGCUUUGGUAGAGAUGCUGGAUGAGAAUCCAGCUGAGAAUAGUGCCAAUAUAUUUGCCAACUUCUCGUUGGACAUGCUGCAGCGAGCUAGCGCACUAAUUGGCGCCCAGCAGCCAUCGCACAGCGGUGAUCCCCUCCUCCUACCCCCCAUCAAUCGCACCCUCGAAGAGCAGUGCAAGCAUCAGGCAGACAAAGUCUUCGACUCACAGCACAGCACGACUUUGUACUGUCCCGCGUCAUUCGACUCGGUUCUCUGCUGGCCCCGCACAAAUGCUGGCACCUGGGCAAUCCUGCCCUGCUUCGAGGAGUUCAAGGGUGUUCACUACGACACAACAGAGAAUGCAACGCGAUUCUGCCAUGCGAAUGGCACUUGGAAUCAUUAUUCCAAUUACUCCAGAUGCUCAGUGCCCGCUGUUCCUGAAUUUUCGGCUAGUGUCGAUCUGCCAUCGAAUAUCUAUGUUGGCGGUUACUUUAUAAGUUUUGCCACAUUGGUGGUGGCUCUCAUUAUAUUCCUAAGCUUCAAAGAUUUGCGCUGUUUGCGUAACACAAUUCAUGCGAAUCUGUUCCUAACCUACAUCACCUCCGCACUCUUGUGGAUUCUCACGUUCUUUCUGCAAGUGGUAACCACCGGAUCUAGUCAUGCUGGCUGCAUUACGCUGGUCAUUAUGUUUCAGUACUUUUAUCUGACUAACUUUUUCUGGAUGUUCGUGGAGGGCCUCUAUCUCUAUACUCUUGUGGUGCAAACAUUCUCCAGCGAGAACAUUAGCUUUCUUAUCUACGCCUUGAUUGGCUGGGGCUGUCCCGCUGUCUGUAUAUUGGUGUGGUCCAUUGCCAAAGUAUUUGCGCCGCAUCGAGAGAAUGAGCAUUUCAAUGGCCUGGAAAUUGAAUGCAGUUGGAUGCUUGAAUCUCAAAUUGAUUGGAUAUUCAAGGGGCCCACCGUAUUUGCGAUACUAACUAAUUUAGUUUUCUUGAUACGCAUCAUGUGGGUAUUGAUUACCAAAUUGCGUUCGGCUCAUACGCUCGAGACGCGGCAGUAUUACAAAGCAUCCAAGGCGCUAUUGGUGCUAAUACCGCUCUUUGGCAUUACGUAUCUGCUGGUCUUAACCGGGCCCGAACAGGGCAUCAGUCGGAAUCUCUUCGAAGCCAUGCGCGCCUUUCUGCUUAGCACACAGGGCUUCUUUGUGGCAUUGUUCUAUUGUUUUCUGAACUCGGAAGUGCGACAGACGUUGCGGCAUCGUUUCAUCAGAUGGCGCGAGAAUCGGAGUAUACAUCGAAGCAGUUCAUUAAAGAAUCGUAGACAUCGCGCAUCCAAAGACUACUCGCAACGCUCGCGUACUGAAAGUCUACGGUUGACCUCAACAAGUCCCGUGCCAACUGGACACUAUGAAUGAUUAUUAUAGUUUUAGAAAAUACCACCGAGAUUUACGUUUUUUUAUACAUACCUACAUGUUAAACAUACCGUUUUGUAUAUAAGUAUUGCAUACACUAUUAAAGUAUUAUUUUUUCAUCAUAUUGGAAUCCAUUCUGUGUGUAUUUGAAAUCUCCAUCUCGAUUCUCUUGCAGUACCGAGGAAUGCGUCAUCUGCUUACGUCCAUCGCCGCAUACACGACUGGGAUCAUUGAAACGUUAUCACAGCAUUGAUUUAACCGAUUUCGUGUAAUAUACUACUAAA